UAAACUCAAUGCUGCGUUUGGAGUUCAAAGUCAUAAACUGAGAACUCCUCUCUCUCUCUCUCUCUCUCUCAUAUCAGAGUGGAAGAAAGAAAGCCGCCGCACACCGAGCUUUUCGACGUACCUCCGACCUCCGGACGCCGCACAGCGCCCCUCCUUUCUCGUGUCAUUAACGGCCAACAGACGCGCUGCGGUUGUCCUUCUUGGCUCCCGUCCACCGCUCGCUCAGACGCCGUCCUUCUAAUGGUUGCUGGUCUCUGAAUCAUUGAUUUUCUGCUGCCCCGUGUUUUCCGUACUGUCCUGUCGUUCUCAAAGUUUCGAAGUACAAGAGACGACAAAAGGAAUUCAAUUUUCACAUAAAACAGUACCCGUCUUGUUAUAAUAACAUGGGAAAAGCUUCAAGAGAUAAGAGGGAUAUUUAUUAUCGUAAAGCAAAAGAAGAGGGUUGGCGUGCUCGAAGUGCCUUUAAGCUUCUUCAGAUAGAUGAGGAAUUCAACAUAUUUGAAGGAGUGAAGCGUGUGGUAGAUCUCUGUGCUGCCCCUGGUAGCUGGAGUCAGGUUUUGAGCCAAAAAUUGUAUCUCCCGGCAAAGCUUUCUCCCGAUUCUAAGGAUGGUGAUCUUCCUCUUAUUGUAGCUAUUGAUUUGCAGCCCAUGGCUCCAAUUGAAGGUGUGAUUCAAGUACAAGGCGAUAUAACAAAUGCUCGAACAAUUGAAGUGGUCAUCAGACAUUUUGAUGGUUGCAAGGCUGAUCUGGUUGUGUGCGAUGGUGCUCCUGAUGUUACUGGGCUUCAUGACAUGGAUGAGUUCGUUCAAUCACAACUCAUACUAGCAGGUUUAACAGUAGUUACUCAUGUACUAAGAGAAGGUGGUCAAUUUAUUGCUAAAAUAUUUCGGGGAAAAGAUACAAGUCUUCUAUACUGUCAGCUGAAAUUAUUUUUCCCUACGGUGACUUUUGCAAAACCAAAAAGCAGCCGCAAUUCCAGCAUAGAGGCAUUUGCAGUUUGUGAGAAUUAUUCCCCUCCUGAAGGCUUUAACCCAAAAGAUCUUCAUCGCCUCCUAGAAAAGGUUGGAAGUCCCUCUGGAGGAGAUGAUUUAGAUUGUAGUAGUGCCUGGCUAGAAGGACCAAAUAAGGUGUAUAUUCCGUUUCUAGCAUGUGGGGACCUUAGUGGGUACGAUUCCGACCGCUCAUAUCCGCUGCCCAAAGUUGCAGAAGGGACGUAUCAGAGCUUGGAUCCUGUACAGCCCCCAAUUGCCCCUCCUUAUAAGAGAGCUCUUGAGUUGAAGAAAGCUUCCAAUCAGGGCAUCCGAGAGCUUGAAAAGCUUUCAUUAGAUUCUUGAUAAUUCCAUUUCUUUCAUUCUUUUAUAAAGGCCAGUAAAUUUUAAAUGAUUGUAUUGAUUUACUACCGGAUAUGUCUUUAUCCUAUGAUUGCUUUAGUACUUUUGAAAGAAACAUUGCUCAUUACAUCCCUAGUGUUGCCAAUUAAAUCUUUUGAUCAUAUUAUGUAGUGUUUUGUGGCAGAGAUUAUUUAUUCAGCUUUCAAAUUAUAGGCUUUCAAGAUCAGCUAGGAUAGAACAGUGGGAUCUGCAAUUAUAAGUCUAUUAUUAUGGUUCUUGUAUUCUGAUGCUAAUUGUAGAUUUUUAGCAAAUUCGGCUAUACAAUUGGGUCAAAAGAUUGGAACAAGGCAUACAUUGUUGUUUUCCUUACGCACGCACAAAAGGCUGUAGAAUAAUACCGUCACAAGAUGAAAGAUAAAAUUAUUGAG